GCUAUCUAUUAUAGUGUACACGGCAAAUCAUUUGAGUUUGCAAUUAAUCAAUGGGAUGGACGUAAUUUUGACCCAAGGAUUAGUAUUAAUCCGACGUAUUUUUAUAAUAUUCUUGAGGUUACGAUAAAUAAUGUAGAAUUUUUAUCCAAGGAAAUAUUUGGCAAUUUCAUGGAGAUCAACUUAUUGGAUGAUCUUAAAAAAAUUAAUGAUUAUUCAUCUAAGUUAGGAGUAUUAAUCAAAGAAGGGUUAUUUUUUGCGUCUAACACCCUUUCGUAUUUUUCCAAGAAUCACAAUGAAUUCAUCAAAGGAUGGAAGAAUGAUCUUGACUCUCGAGGGAAAAUCAAUGAUUUAGCUGAUCCGUAUUUAAAUUUUAUUGAAGAAUCCAUCGAAAAUUGCAAAAAAUUUGCUGAUCGAUUUAACGAAUUCCAUGAAAUUCUUAACAGUGGAAUUAUGAAACUUGAAGAGUCACUUCGGAAAAUUGAAGAUAAAACAGAUAAAACAAUAUAUGAACAAGUGUUAGAAAAAAAGAACAAGAUUGACGAAUGGUUUCAAAAAUCCAAUGAACUAUUUCAUAUUACAAAUUAUAAGAAG